ACAUGUACAUUUCCCAUUUUGUCUCGGGGAGAGAAACAGAGGGCGGUGAGGAAAAUUGAGACUGCCGGAGAGAUGCCGGAGUACUGCGUAACUGGGGGAACCGGAUUCAUCGCUGCUUACUUGGUGAAGUCUUUGCUUGAGAAAGGACACACGGUGCGGACCACCGCGCGAAAUCCUGAGGAUGAGAGCAAAGUUGGGUAUCUGAGGGAGUUUCCUGGAGCCAAGGAGAGGCUCAAGAUUAUGAAGGCUGAUUUGAUGGUGGAGGGAAGCUUUGAUGAGGCCGUAGAAGGCGUCCAUGGGGUUUUCCACACUGCAUCGCCAGUGCUGGUUCCAUAUGAUGACAACGUUAAGGCAACCCUGAUUGAUCCAUGUAUCAAUGGCACCUUGAAUGUUCUAAGAUCCUGCUCAAAAGCUAGCAGUGUUAAAAGGGUUGUACUCACCUCUUCCUGCUCCUCCAUUAGAUACCGUUAUGAUGUCCAGCAAGUUUCUCCUCUCAAUGAAUCACACUGGAGUGAUCCAGAGUAUUGCAAACACUACAAUCUCUGGUAUGCAUAUGCAAAGACUUUAGGAGAAAAGGAGGCUUGGAGGGUGGCAAAGGAAAAUGGUAUUGAUAUGGUAGUAGUAAAUCCAUCUUUUGUAGUUGGUCCAUUGUUGGCGCCACAACCAACCAGCACACUGCUGUUGAUACUGUCCAUAGUGAAAGGUCUGAAAGGUGAAUAUCCGAAUACAACAGUGGGGUUUGUGCAUAUAGAUGAUGUGCUUGCUGCACACAUUUUGGCUAUGGAGGAAAGGAAGGUAGAGGGCAGGCUCAUCUGCUCAAGCUUGGUGGCUCAUUGGUCUGAGAUCAUUGAGAUGCUCAGGGCAAAGUAUCCAUCCUAUCCUCACGAAAGCAAGUGUAGCAGCCAAGAAGGAGACAACAACCCACACAGCAUGGACACAAGUAAGAUACAUCAGCUGGGGUUCCCUGCAUUCAAAGCACUUGACGAAAUGUUUGACGAUUGCAUCAAGAGUUUCCAGGACAAGGGAUUUCUGUGAAGAAUUAGCCCAAGGUGAUAUCUUGAGCAUUCUUCUCCCUAUCCCUGCAUUUUGCCAUUUCCCCUAUGUCCAAUUAAAGAAUUGAAAAACAGCAAAAUAAGUUUGCCAAUUAGGAAUAAAUUUAUUAUAUUAAGCAUCUUGAUGCUUCUUGUUGCUCUAUUUUCAAAUACUUAGCUGGAACCAAUCUUGCUGGCUGCUGCUAAAUUCCUUGUGAUUUAUGACAGCCUUAAUUAAGCUUUUAACCAUCC